AUGCGAGCAGCCCCCGACAUAUUUAUAAACGUUUAUCGCAAAAAGAACCGUAUAGAGUGUCAGACCCUUGACCUCGUCAAACUCAACCAGAAGAUCGCCGACGCUCAUGCCGAAGUCAUCACCCUAAGCGACAAAGCAAUUCUAGACCUCAUCGAAAGUGUACUCCCCCAAGUAUCCGUGUUGUUCAAAAUCAGUGAGGCCACCGCUAUGCUCGACAUGCUCACUGCCUUUGCCCAACUUGCCACAAUGAACGAAUACAUUCGCCCAGAGCUCAAGAUCGAUGUUCUGGCCAUCAAAUCCGGACGACACCCCAUCCGCGAGAAAAUCCACAACAAGAAAUUCGUUCCCAACGACGCCUACGCAACACACCAGACCCGCUUUCAAAUAAUAACCGGCUGCAAUAUGAGCGGGAAAUCAACAUACAUCCGCUCCCUCGCCCUCGUGUCCAUCAUGGCCCAAAUUGGCUCCUUUGUUCCUGCAGAGUACGCCUCCUUCCCCAUAUUCCACCAACUAUUCGCCCGCGUCUCUACAGCCGACGACAUGGAAGCAAACGUCUCAACCUUCGCCGCUGAGAUGCGCGAAAUGGCUUUCAUCCUUCAUAACCUCGAACCUCGGGGUUUAGUUAUCAUCGACGAACUCGGCCGCGGCACAAGCACAACAGACGGCCUUGCCAUAGCUCUCGCCAUCGCCGAAGCCCUAGUCCAAAGCAACGCUCUCGUAUGGUUCGUCACCCACUUUCAAGAUCUAGCCGUGAUUAUGGCCGAGCGGCCGGGCGUUGCAUCGCUACACCUCGCAGCAGAUAUCGCACCCGAUGCUUCGAAAAUGACAAUGCACUACAAGAUUACCGAGGGACCCAACCAGACCCAGUUCUACGGUCUCGCGCUGGCGAAUCUAGUCGAGUUCCCGCCGAACGUUCUUGACAAGGCGCAGACAGUUUCCGAGGGUCUAGGCCGCAUCUCGCUUCGUCGGCAUGGUGAUCAAACGAAAGCAAGGGCGAUUGCUCGCAAGCGGAAACUGCUCUUGUCGCUGAGAGAACAGCUUAUCCAAGCGAGGGAUGGGAAUAUGCAGGGAGAAGCUCUGAGAGGGUGGUUGGAGCGGUUGCAGGAUGAGUUUGCGCUGCAGAUGGCAGCUGCUAAUGAGGAUAUUGCUGGGUUGGAUGGGGGUUCGGGUACUGCAAGUGAAGAGGAAACUGGGGAGGCUGCCAAUUAUGCUGAGCCUAUCCAUGGUGAUUGGGCUACCGAGGCGGAUGGGAGUGAUACUCAUGAGUAUGUCGAUGAGGACGAGCCUAUGGAUAGUGAAGAGGUGAACGAGCACAACUCCAAAACGCACCUCCUCCAUGAGACGGAGUCGGACUCAGAAAUCACAGGGCCGCCUACAGCCUUCUUAUCGACUACAGAGUGGCCCACGACUGAGUUUUCUUUCAGAGGGAGUCUCGCGGACCCAAAUUUGGUCAUUCGUAGCCAUUCGAACGCCGGUGGUGUCGACGACGACUUAGAGACGGAAUAG